GCGGGACAGACCUGGGCUACCGGCCGUGCAAGUCGCGCCCUGCAGAGCGAAAGUAGUUAGUUGGUGGCGGCCGUCGCGCGUGGCUCGAGUUGUGCCGGCCCGCGACCUCACGGCCAUGGCGGGACCCCAGGAGUUUCUGGGUGGGAAGCUCCGGCUCUGCUUCACCCCCGCCGCCCGGACCAGCCUCCUGCUGCUCAGGCUCAACGACGCGGCGCUGCGGGCGCUGCACGAGUGUCAGCGGCAACAGGUGCGGCCGGUGAUCGCUUUCCAAGGCAGCCGAGGGGUAAGAAGGGACCGGGGGUGUGUGCGGGGAGAACAGACCGGGCUCAGGGCGGGAGACGGAGACGGUCACGGUCUGAGGAAGUUCCUGAGAACUGAGCCCGAAGCGGGUGAGGGGGCUGCUGGGGUGGCGGCCCCAGGAGGCUGCGGUUGGAGGCUGUGCCCUCUCGGCCUCCUGGGGCCUCGGGCCCAGCUGCACCUGGCUGCUAACGAGUCCCCCGGGACCCCUCUUCGGGCUCAGGCGGGCUCGGGGAGAAAGGGCACUGGCAGGAGGGGGCAGGGUUGGCUCCUGGGGCUUACGGUCUCCUUUCACUCCCAGUAUCUGAGGCUCCCAGGCCCUGGCUGCUCCUGCCUCUUCUCCUUCACAGUGUCCCAGUGUGGCCAGGACGGCCCUGGUGGUGGCCUGGACCUUGUGUACCAACGCUUAGGCAGACCUGGGCCGAACCGCCUGCACUGCCUGGGGCCACUCAGGGAGCGCCUCAGUAUCUGGGCAGCCAUGGAUUCUCUCCCAGCCCCAUCUUCAGGUCAGGGACACAACCUGACCGACGAUUCCAGAGAUCCUGAGAACUGGCACAUCAGGGAUUAUUCUAGAGAUGCAGUUUCACAGCCACAGAUGGCACUAGAGGAGGUGCCAGAUCCACGGGCAAGCAGCCAAAGAUGGUCACUCCCCGGGUCCUCCAGGGAACACAUGGCACAGUGGGAAGUGAGGAACCAGACCUGUCUUCCAAACAGAGAGCCUGACCAGGCACUGCCUUCUCCUAGCCAGAAACAUCUGAACAAGAAGCGUCCAGCACCUGCAGCCACUAUAAAACUGAAAGAAAAGAGGCUCAGAACUCUAGCCCCAAGUCCACUACAAGGACUGCCCACUCAGGACCUACGAGAGGGAGAAGAUUGGGAGCAAGAAAAUAAACAUGAAGACAUGGGCCCCAGACUGGAACACAGUCCCUCAGUUCAAGCAGAUUCUGAAUCCCCAAGCCCUGAAGAGGUACCAGAUUACGUCCUGCAAUAUGGGGCCAUCCAUACUGCAGAGCAGCAACAUGCGUAUGAGCAGGACUUUGAGAGAGAUUAUGCUGAAUACCGCAUCCUGCAUGCUCGAUUUGGGGCUGCAAGCCAAAGGUUCAUAGAGCUGGGAGCAGAGAUCAAGAGAGUUCAGCGAGGAACUCCAGAACACAAGGUGCUGGAAGAAAAGAUAGUCCAGGAAUAUAAAAAGUUCAGGAAGCGAUACCCAGGUUACAGGGAAGAAAAGUGUCGCUGUGAGUACCUGCAUCAGAAAUUGUCCCACAUUAAAGGUCUCAUCCUGGAGUUUGAGGAAAAGAACAGGGGCAGCUGAACUAACUGGUCAAGGGCUAUCGACCCUCUCUGUCCGGUGUGAUGCAAAGGAACAAAACCGCUGUAAAUGAAGUAGAGUGCAACUGUCCGCUCUUGUUAUUGCUGAAUCCAUGGUGGCAAGUAGGAGAGCUGCUCUAGGUUAAGGUUUGAUUUUCAUUGUUGCCAUGUAUUAAUUUUUAGGGUGUGGGCGCAGUGCCAACACUCUAUAGCUGUGCCCAGGAGACUAAGAAAAGCAGCCAAGGCUUAGCUUCUCCACCUUUAGUUCAGCAAGUCAUUUUCAAAUCUUAAGAAAGAAAUGACACCCUUUCCAGGACAAGAUACCUCAAGGACAUUAGAAUUCAGCCUGGUAGCCUCCCUAACAAAACAGUAACUUUUAGGAAGUUGUGAUACACCUGGAUGUAAUGGGGAAUGGCUUGGGGUCUUAUCAAUGUACCGAAAGUGAAUUCUUUUACAAACAUGGCUAAAAAAUUAAAACUG